ACAAACCAUUUGUUCAAUGCAGUGUAAUGAAAUGCAUUCUGUCAUCUGUUCUCUCCAGGCUUUAGUCAUUUCCUCAUAUUUGAUGCUGUUCUGUCUUUGUGUUUGUGCAAUUUAGGGCCAGAGCGGUGAGAAGGGUGUAAUGGGUCAUCCAGGCGUCAAAGGAGACGUGGGCAUUCAAGGUAAAAGACGUGGAAAAGGACAGCGUGGGACACAUGGCCCAGUGGGGGCAGUAGGAAUGAUGGGGUUGAUUGGCUCUCCAGGCGCCAAAGGUCAACCUGGACCUGCUGGCCCUUCCGGUCUUCCUGGAACAAACGGAAUCCAGGGGCCAAAGGGAAAAGGAGGGAAGUCUGGAAAAAAGGGCAACAAAGGAGCUUCUGGAGAAACUGGACAUCAAGGUCCUCCAGGAAAACCAGGACCUGCUGGAAGACCUGGAAAAUCAGGUCUGAGUGGUUUGGAUGGAUUACUGGGUGUUGAAGGUACUGAAGGAGAUCCAGGUGAUGAUGGCUUUAGAGGAGCUCAUGGAGCAUCUGGCAGACCUGGCAAAAUGGGAAAUCCUGGGCCAAGUGGAAUUAGAGGAAAUGCCGGAGCAGGAGGGAAUAAGGGUAAAAUUGGACCAAAAGGCAAACAAGGGCCUCCUGGACCAAUCGGGCCAAUGGGUAUUCCAGGUCUGACAGGAGAGAAGGGUGAGACUGGAACUAAUGGCUUACAGGGCCUCCCAGGUGACACUGGGUUACUGGGACCAAUUGGACCAACAGGGUUAAAGGGGAACCCUGGAUUGCAAGGAUUGAUGGGUCAAAAUGGUCAAAAAGGAAUGCAGGGGGAUCCUGGUCCUCGUGGUCCACCUGGGAGAAAAGGCUUCCCUGGACUCAGUGGCCAGCAUGGAGUGAAGGGAUUGAAAGGUGUCCAAGGCAGGAGAGGACCAAAGGGCCUAAAGGGCAUGAGAGGAUUACCAGGAAAAGCGGGACCACCAGGCAAACACAAGACAACACAAAGACACAAAGAUGAAAAACCAACCCCAAAAAAUAAGCUGAACAUUGCACCAAGACGUAUUCCCAGCAUUCUCAAGCAAUCAAAAGGACAACAAAAACUCAGGCCAGUGUCCACAAGAUGGAAACCAUCUCAGUCUGAUGAGGGUGAGGAAGCCUUUAACUGGCCCCAGGGAGUCAAAGAUAACCCAGCCACCUCUUGUCAUGAGCUGGGCCUCAUAAAUCCACAUCUAAACAAUGGUUACUAUUACAUGGACCCCAACCAAGGCUGUCCCUUUGAUGCUCUGAAGGCAUUCUGUAACUUCACAGCAGGAGGAACAACCUGCAUUGAUCCUGUACUAUCCCAGGUUAUACUGAGACGGGAAACAGAAAAAAGGGAACACAACAAAUCUGUCCAGUGGUUUAGUGAGCAAAGAAAUGGAAACAAGUUUGAGUACACAGGUUUGGAUGCUGUCCAGCUGAGGUUCUUGUGGCUACACAGCCACAUGUCAUUCCAACACAUCACUGUUAGUUGGAAAUCAAAACCUGCCGCUCCAUGUGCUCCGGCUCACUCAACCAGUAGGAUUCUUCACUUUAUGGGUGACUCUGGCAAAGAGAUUGAUUUAAACGCCAUCACAAUGUCCAGGAAAGACUGUGAGGUGGAAGUGAUGGUGAGAGUUCGGGGAAAUGCAGAGUUACAUCGUGGUGGCAUGGAGCUACUUCCUAUUAGAGAUUUUGGUAUACACAUGUCCAAAUAUGACCCCGAGGUCACGGCUACUGUGGGACCCCUCUGCUUCCUCUAACCGAGGAGGUGUGUGUGUGUGUGUGUGUGUGUG